CUUCGUUGUAACCGUUUUCGACCCCAACAGCGUCUAGUGCCUAAGGGAUAUGAGCAAGAUGAAGGUCUGGAUUAUCCUGAGACUUUCAGCCCUGUAGUGAGAGCAACAACUAUAAGGUUGGUUCUAGAUAUAACGGUGUCUAAAGGCUGGGAAAUUAAACAACUAGAUGUCACAAGUGCUUUCCUACAUGGAGACUUACAUGAACCGGUAUACAUGUUCCAACCUCCUGGCUUUGUUGAUCCAGAACGUCCUAACCAUGUAUGCAAACUGAGAAAGGCUUUGUAUUGUCUCAAGCAGGCCCCAAAGGCUUGGUUUGACACCUUCAGUCACUAUCUGAUCGACUUUGGCUUCAAUUGUAGCAAGUCGGAUUCAUUUUUAUUUACUUAUCACCACCAUGGGAAGACUUUUGUUUUACUUCUUUAUGUUGAUGAUAUUCUUUUGACGGGUAGUGAUUCUGCUCUUCUACAUCAUCUGCUUCAGUCUCUCAACAACAGAUUCUCCAUGAAAGAUCUUGGGAAGCCUAGCUAUUUUCUAAGAAUUGAGAUUCAAACACAUGAAGAGGGUGUGUUUAUGCAUCAGAAAGCAUACGUGUUGGACAUUCUUCAUCAAGCAGCCAUGAGUGACUGUAAUCCUAUGCCCACACCUAUGCCUCAAUGGAUAGAACAACACAACACUAAUCUCUUUCCCGAGCCCACAUACUUCCGCAGUUUGGCUGGUAAACUGCAAUAUCUCACAAUAACAAGACCGUAUAUUCAGUAUGCAGUAAACUAUGUUUGUCAACGGAUGCACCAACCAACGAUCUCCGACUUUGGUCUCUUGAAGCGUAUACUGCGAUACUUAAAAGGAACUUUGGAUCAUGGCUUACACAUACGGAAAGAUAUGUGUCUUACUCUUUCAGCAUACCGCGACAGUGACUGGACAGGAUGCUUAGAGACACGACGCUCCACAAUCGGUUUCUGUACUCUUCUCGGUCCCAACCUCAUAACUUGGUCUGCGAAACGCCAACCUACUGUCUGA